AUGACGGACGAAUGCGAGCCCAGGUCUAAAAGACGUUGCGAGUAUCCGCUGUAUCCCGUGGAUAUACUUUAUCAUAGUGACCGCAAAAGUGGGAAAUAUCGCGUCUACGUAUUUGCUAAGCAGCUGGCGUGUCCGGACUCGUGCUACCGGCAGAGGCUUGUGAUUCUCGAAGUCACAGGAUGGAUGCCAUACAUGUAUCUCAAGGUGAAGUACGGCGACAUCGGAAAUAUGGAGCGCACCGUUAAUGAAUGCAUUGAACAAGCCAAGCGAGAAGUCGGUCGUGACAUUAAGUGCGCCCACCGAAUUAACACGUCAAGUGAUUUGACGUUCAUUGACGGAUAUGGCUACCACCCGGACGACGCCGAGGAACGAUUCAUCAAGGUAUCUGUUGGUGAUCCAAGUGUGUAUAAAAAAUUUGCCGAGAUCGUGCCAUACGAAGUGUACAUGGCGCAGGUGGACCAUGUGUGCCAAUUUAAGGUCGACGUGGGGUUGGCGCAUCCCGACAAACUCCUCUUCUUGGGACCUGACUUCGAGUACGACGAAUCGAAUGACGGAAGUCUACGCUUAGUAACAUCUGUGCACAACCUCAGGACAGUGGACAACGUCGGUAAGGAGACCCCUGUGUUGAAAGCCAUGAGCAUUGACAUCAAGUGCAUCUCUCAGUCCGGUAGAUUUCCCGAGGCCGAAAACGAGGACGACGAAAUUAUUCAGAUCGCUUCAGUGGUCACUGCGGAUGUGUUGCGCGCCACCCAUGACAGCGACGACCUUCGGAAAUAUGUCUUCGUUGUCGGCUCCUGUGACUCCGUGGACAAUACCGAAGUGAGGUGUUACGACAGCGAGUCCGACAUGCUCAAGGAGUUUAUGAAUCACGUGGUGUCUACCGAUCCGGACGUCAUCACGGGUUACAACGGGCGCAGUUUUCACUGGCCCUACAUUCUGGAAAGGCUCAAACGUUUCAGGUUGUGGGCCUCGUUCUCACGACGGCGUAACGGCGGGAUCUGGUCUCACUACAUGUUCAACAAUAAGAAGUUCGUUUCAUCGCAUGAUCGAAUUCUGGUUGACAUGCAUGAUGUAAUCAUGGCCGAACAGAAGCUCAGGUCGUACAGGUUGGACAGCGUCGUCAGAAAAUUUAUACCAGGUGAGAUGCAGUUGCAUGAUGCCAAGUAUGACCAGGUGAGAAAGUUUCACGAGGGCACUUCUGCCACGAGGGCCAAAAUGGCCGGAUACUGCGUGCAGUGCGCUCUCAUGCCAUUGAAGCUCAUGAUAAAGUUCAAUACCAUGAUUUCCGUACUAGAAAUAUCUAACAUAACGGGCGUGCCGAUGCGUUACGUAUAUAGCAGGGGCCAACAAGUGCGUGUCAUGACCCUUAUCGCCAGAGAGGCGUACACCCGCCGAAUGGUAUUUCCAACAAGGAAGGGAAAGUCAGGCAUGAAUGAACAACAAGACGGCUGCAAUGACUACCGUUAUGACUUUAAUGACUCUGAUGACGAAGAGGAAGCAAAUGCUAAGAAACCUGUCUUUUCUAGAAAGAGAAAGGCGGAAAGUAGUGAUCGAAACAACAUGGGAUAUCAAGGAGCCAAGGUGCUCGAACCAAAGGUUGGAUACUAUGAUGAUCCGGUGUGCACAAUGGACUUUGCUUCCCUGUACCCGAGUAUCAUCAUCGCUAUGAACCUGUGCUACUCGACUCUGCGCCUGCACCCGAAGCGGCAGAUUGAGAAUAUUGAAAAUAAAGAAAAAGCAGACGAAGGUUGCUGUGAAUAUGCACAAGGGAAACCUUCCCCGGAGGGUGACGAGUUCGUGCCCGAGAGUGUCAGGAAGGGAAUCUUGCCGACAAUCUUGGUCGACCUUCUGAGAGCGAGAAAGCAAGUGAAGAAGGACAUGGCUAAUUGCGAGCACGAUCCCUUCAUGAAGUCGGUCCUUAACGAGCGCCAAUUGGCCAUCAAAAAGUGUGCGAAUUCAGUGUACGGCUUCACGGGAGCCGUAAACAAUGGAAUCCUGCCCUGCAUCCAAAUCGCCCGAUCUGUGACGGCCUACGGCAGAACUCUCCUGGAGAAGACAAUUUACUAUGUAGAAAAAAAGUACACCCAGCACGAAGUGAUUUACGGGGACACAGACUCGGUGAUGAUUAUCUGUCGAGGCAAGACGGUGGCCGAAGCCAUGGAGAUGGGCAAGGGACUGGCUGAGCUCAUUUCGUCACACUUUCCUCGCCCCAUACAAUUAGAGUUUGAGAAAGUGUACAAGCCAUACCUGCUUCUCGGCAAGAAGAAGUACACAGGCGCCGUGUACUCUUCCAACCCAAACUCGUACGACAAGGUCGAAGUCAAGGGCAUCGAGAUGGUGCGUAGAGACUGUUUGCCCUACGUUUCACGCAUCAUGAACGCUUGCAUUCACGAAAUGAUCGUGAAUGCGGACAUAGCGGCUGCCCAGGAAACAGCCAGAAGGGCCGUGGAUGAUCUGCUGUCGGGUCGUGUGGAUACUGCGGAACUGAUAUUGAGCAAAAGGUACUACAACGUGGAGUGUAAGAGCCACUCGCCACAUUUGCAUGUUAUCGAAAAGAAGAAAGCUAGGGGGGAGAAACCUGCCGGCGUGGGUGAUUGGAUUCCUUACGUCAUAUGCAAGGAGCUCGUAACGGACGAGGAGGAACUUCGAAGAGAGUAUGAAGAUCGGCCACAAGAGUUCCACAGGGUCAAGGAGCGCUACGUGCGCAAAAUUACAUAUAGGGCUGAAGACCCGGAGUACGUGAAGGAGCAUGGCUUGCCCAUUGACUACGCCUACUACGUGACAAACCAAUUGGAGAAACCUUUAAAGAGACUCUUUGACUGCGUACAGGGUGCCAAGCCUGGGACUGCCAGCACCUGGUCCAUGAAUGAUUGGGCGAGCAACCAAGAAGGAAAAGAAAACAUUUGCUAA